AUGUCUAAUGACAAAUUCAGUGCACCAAUGCCAUGGAUUGGAAGGUAUAUUGUAGCAGCAUCUUUGAUUUGCAUACUUGCAAUGAUAGUAGAUGCAAUACAAGGAAUUAGAAGGAGAAAGUUUUGGCUUCCAUGCAGAUUUUUCACUCUUAAUGCUGCUUCAUUAACUUUAUUAGGUGUUGUAGUUAAGUUGCCACUUGAUCUAAACAAUCCCAUGCCAGGGGAAAAUGAUCAGAUGGCUAAACUUAGCAGUGUUGUUUUCAUGUCCACAGCGAUGGCUAAUUUUAUGCCUUCGCUCGCGCUGAUGGAUAAUAAAGAUAUCUUCAUGGAAAUGGCAGCAUUGGGUAUUCUUGUUCUCACCCUUGCUGCGAACGUUUGCAUUGAGUUAGGCACUGGUGUUAUCUACUCAGAAAAAAUAGAGCAUAUUGUGGUUAUGCUGUCUAUUGUUUUUCUAUUUGUGAUCAUGUGCUUCUCAGCGCUGACAGUUCCAACGAUUAAAUGUUAUUUGGAAUUGAAGUACAGAGGAAAAGUCCAAGAGAUUUCGCUUCAAGAUUUAGUAGAAGGUGAAAAACCGGUUGAAGUGAAACUGGAAGAAAAUUUGAGGAAAUUUCUUAUCAUGGCAGAAACAGGGAAUCCUCAGUUUGUGUUGGCACGCUCUGCCACUUGUGCUACUUGUUGCGCAAUCUGUUGUCUGAAUGGUCUUUUGUUAUUGGAAGUGUCACUCCGUGACAACUUGUUUGGUGCACAUGUGAAGUCCAUGUCCGAUUAUAGAAGAUCAACAUAUUGCAUUUCCAGGAUUCAAGCCGGUGGAGUGGCAGUAGGCACAGUGUCCUCACUUAUCAGAUGGUUUGCAAUUGCUAGAAUUAAAUGUUCAUGGAGGAACAUAAUGAAUAUUAAAGUAGAAAAGCAUUUGCUUGAAAGACUAAAAGAUUGGAAAGAUAGUCCCUUUGCCCUGCAAAUCAUGAAUCCAAAAUGCAGAAAGUUAGUUCAGCAGAUACAAAAUUUAAUUUUGGGAAAUUGUAUAAGAGUACAGAUUCUGAUUGCGGUAGCCAGCAAGAUAGUGCAACUGUUCCCAAUUCUCCUACUAAGGUUGCUAAAUUCGUGCUUUUUUCCUUCCUCGUGGUGCAACAACAUAAUCAACUCAGAAUCAGAAUCAGCAGAGAAUCUGGAGGAAGACAUAAGUCGGUAUGUUUUACAUCUAGAAGGUGAGGAGGAACUGGCUGAGGUGAUGGAAAACAAGAGGGAUGACACAACUUGGAUGAUGGAAAUUGGUAGAAAACAGCAGCCAAAACAUCUGAUGAAGCUUUUAGUUGGUAAGUUUAACAAAAACCAAUUUCCAUCUCCACAAUUUCAAGAGCUACAUAAUGGUUGGAAAAUGCCUAUUGUAACUUUAACAACUAUUGCCACUACAAUUCCUAACAUUGAUCACAAAAUUGUAGACAAUCUCUUACUCAGUGUCAGUGAAAGUCUCAAGUAUGUCAGCUUCAUUGAAGAUGUCCUUGGAACCAAUGGAAAUUCGGAGAAAAACACACGGGCAGCAGACAUAGCAUGGUUGGAGCUAUAUCUAUAUCGUAAAUGGCUUGAUCAAAACUUGCAAAAACUGGCUCUUCAAGGAAAAACAGGAAAAGGGAUUCUUCAGAAUUUUGCAGACAUAGCACAAAACUAUGUUACAAAAGAUGAUUACUCAAGAAAGCCAGCCAAGGUUAUAGCAGCAAACUCUAUGUAUCAAAUGAGUCAAAUCAUACUAGAGGACGGCGAAAGAAUUGAUGAUCAGACACACGUAGUAUUUUUCGAUUAUAUCUCUGUUAUGAUUGCAGGUAUUCUUGGUGCUUGUUUGAUCAAUAUGCCUUAUGUCAUUACUAAAAUAUGUUCUGACUGUGCCAUAGAGAAGAGGGAGGAAAAUGUCCAACAUGCUAUUCAUCUUCUUGGUGAAGCUGAAGAAAUAAUAAAAUCCCUUCAGCAGCAUGAGGAAGUUACUCCUACUAAUUCGUCCAACAGUGACUCAGAUUAUUCAAGCUCAGAUGAAAUUCAAAUAGUUAUUGAGUAA